AUGGCAGAAGAAUUGAUCCCCGGUUUACCCGAAGAAAUCGCCCUUGAGUGCUUAACUCGCUCCCAUUUCACAACUCACCGAGUUGCCGCCCGAGUUUCCCGUCGGUGGCGCCACCUAUUUCUCAGCCGCGAUUUCUAUAAUCUCAGAAAACUUUCCGGCCGAACCCACAAGGCGGUGUUCGCCGUCCAGUCACUUCCGGCGCCGGUUAGCGACGGAGCCAAAUCCGCUGUUCCUGUCGCGUUUGGUGUGUCCGCCUUCGAUCCGGCUACUGGAAAUUGGACUCGGAUCAAACCCAUCGAAAAGUACCCAAACGGGCUGCCGCUGUUCUGCCGGCUGAUCGGCGUCGAUGGGAAAUUAGUGGUGAUCGGCGGGUGGGAUCCGGCGAGUUUCCGGCCGGUGGAGGAUGUGUUCGUAUACGAAUUCGCGGCGGAGAAGUGGAGGCAAGGGAAAGGGAUGCCGGAGAAGAGGUCGUUUUUCGGCGCGGCAGAGUAUGGAGGCGAAAUUUUCGUCGCCGGCGGGCACGACGAGGGGAAGAACGCGGCGGCGACCGCGUGGGCUUAUAACGUUAGAAAUGACGAAUGGAGGGAGCUGCCGGCGAUGAGUGGCGGAAGAGACGAAUGCGAGGCGGUGGCGAUUGGGUCGGAGAUAUGGGUGGUGAGCGGAUAUGGGACUGAAAUUCAGGGGAAUUUCGAAACAACGGCGGAGGUUUUCGACACAAAGACGGGGGAGUGGCGGCGCGUGGACAGCGCGUGGUGUGGGGAGAGAAGUCCAAGAGGUGUGGUAGGAGUGGGGAGAGAAGGGGAAUUAUUCAGCUGGGCAGAGGUGAUGGCGGCGACAACGACGGCAGUGACGGCGGAGGGAAUUGUCGGAGUGAAUAUGAUGGAUAAGGCAAUGGUGUUCGUGGGGAGGUACGGAAUUUUUACGGCGGAAGGGCAAAAUGGUAAAUUUGAGAAAAUAGAAGUGCCUGAGGAAUUUUCUGGGUUUGUCCAAUCCGCUUGUUACACCGAGAUUUAA